AUGAACACUCGGCUCUACGAGUUGCCGGGGUUGGUGGGAGGCGAGGGUCUGCCUCUCGUACUGGAAGACCAUCCGCAACCGGGGAGUCAAGGAUGCGCUUGCCCCGCUGGACACCAAAUGAGCGUCAAUGAGGAAAACAAGGAAGUCGUAAAUGGUGGCGGCGAUAAUAAGGGCGCUGACAAUGGAGGGGUCCUCAUCGAGAAUUUGCUCAGCCAAUACGAGCACCUGCAGCGUUCAGCAUUGGCGUAUAUGCGUACAAGUCAUUCAGCGUAUCUUCGACUUCAGUUGAAACGUCAGCGGAUGGAGCAACAAGAACGCGCGUUGCGUCGUCGCGCGGAACUCGUUGCCUCCGCCUCAUUGUCGCCCACGAUCAAGCUGAAUAUUGGUGGCAUGCGCUUCCAUGUGCAACGGGACACCCUGCUUCAGUUCACCCUGACAGUCUUUCAUCUUCUGGAGGAUGAGCUGUUUGUGGUGCAGAGAGAUGCAUUUGGAUGUCUCUUCUUGGACCGUGACCCUUGGCUCUUCCGGGAGCUGCUUUUUUUGCUGCGUGAGCGGCGGCAACGAAUCCUUGAAGCCGGGAGUGUCUCUGCAGCUCUCUCACCGGGUGGUGUGGAAUACCGCAGACUUGCACAACUUCCCCCCACUGAACACAAGCGGUUAAUGGAUGAGGCGCGGUAUUACGGUUUGAACGAGCUGGUCAGAGAACUCACUACAACGCGGUUUCAGUGGCAACAGUGCGAACUCGUUCCAGUCUCUCUCAGUGAUUGCGAGACAGGUGGCUCAGAGCACAGUGGAGCGUCUUCGUUACGUCCCCCUAGGGGCUGCUGUUUCGCCACAUGUGUGUCUUUGCAAGAAGACGUCUACCUAUUCGGGGGUUGCGGUGAACACGAAGUGGUUCUUAACUCUUUCUAUCGUCUACACUUGGAAUUUGACAGCACCGAGGACGAGCACGAGGAAGAGGCCGUGGUCGCCGACAACAAGGCACCGCCUAUGCGAUCACAGCGCCUCAGGUAUGAGUUGAUUGAGCCUUUGUCUGAUGGAGCAGGCGGCAACGUCUCCGUGCCAGAACCCCGCUCGGGACACGCGAUGGUGCUGUUGCAAGGUCGCUACCUGUUGCUCUUCUACGGCAACAACCUUCACUCUCACUUGAACGAUGUGUGGCUUUAUCAUCUCACAAGAGGCAUCUGGGUGCAGUUGGGGGUGCGUGGUGCCUUUGUGGAGGCGCGUUCUGGUCAUACAGUGACAGAGGUGAAUAAACGAUUCUUUCUUAUUGGUGGUAAGCGACUUUUCGGCGCGAACAGAUGCCUCUUUGCGGAAGUCUUUGAGGGGCACCUCGACAUAAGCCGAAUGGAGCUGACCUGGUCCAUAGUGGCAGCGCCUCAGCCGACCCAGUCUCCUUUGCAGCAGCGGCAGCAGCAGCAGGGGGAGGGAAUGUCGUCUCUUCUACAUAUAGGAGUAACAGGGGCAACAGCAGCAGCAACAACGACAACGGUGGACGCGGAUGGGGACAACGAAGAAGAUAGUGUGUGUGGCACCUUGCCAAUGGCAUACCACACGGCUGUGGAGUACAAGGGACGUUACGUUAUUGUGUACGGUGGAAUUCGCGCGUUAUCUGGCACACAGAUUGGCGAUGACAGAGGUGGUGAGGGUCGUUGGAACAGUAUGGCGGCCGCCACGGCUUCCGUGAGGGGUGCGCCACCACAUGUCUAUCAGUUUGACACGUUGGAAUUCACCUGGCGUCGUUUGCGCACCUCAACAGAUUCACCGAACCUUCCUUGGUCGGAUGUCCCCCGAUCCGGGCAUAUUGCCUUGCGACAGCAUGAUGACAUGCAUGUUAUAGGGUCAUAUAAGGAACAACGGCGGCUUCCCAUUUUUGCGUUGUCGCUAAAAACACUCACUUGGAGGCAAAUACAAACAACUGUGGCGCCGCCGCAUUCGACGCCGUGUGGGCGGGCGAUGACAACUGGGGUGUUGCUUCCACCCACAGCACAGAACCCGUAUCCAAUGGUUUUGAUCUACGGGGGCUAUGACGUAAUGAACAGGAAAUAUCUUGACGAUGCGCAUGUUUUGACGCUAUGA